CCGUAAUUUCCCGAAACGAUUCCGUUGCUCUACGCCGAAGCUGAUGAAGAUGGCGAUGGCGGUUCUUCUGAUACUCUUUUUAGCUUUAUUCUUCCAUUCGAAAGCGGAUCAAGCUUUUGACGUUCGGCAACACCUUUCAACCGUUUCAAGAUAUGGUGUGGUGAAAGAUGUUGCUGACAAUUCCUUUGUACCUACUGAUAUUCCUGAUGGAUGUGUUCCUAUCCACUUAAAUCUUGUGGCAAGGCAUGGAACUCGUUCUCCUACAAAGAAGCGAAUGAGGGAAUUGGACAGGUUAGCUGAUCGUAUACAAGUACUUCUAAGAGAUGCCAAAGAACACAAUCUGCCUUUGAAGAAAGUCCCUGCCUGGUUACUGCAGUGGGAAUCUCCUUGGAAAGGAAAAUUGAAGGGUGGAGAAUUAAUUAGUAAAGGAGAAGAUGAAUUGUAUGAUCUUGGAAUUAGAAUUAGAGAAAGAUUUCCUAAUUUAUUGAAUGAGGAAUACCUCCCUGAGGUGUAUACUAUAAAGGCUACUCAGGUUCCUCGAGCAUCUGCUAGUGCUGUUGCAUUUGGUAUGGGGCUUUUUAGUGACAGAGGAAGUCUAGGACCUGGACAUCAUCGAGCUUUUGCUGUUAUAAGUGAGAGUCGUGCAAGUGAUACAAUGCUGAGAUUUUUUGAUCGUUGUCAAAACUACAAGGACUUUAGGAAAAACCAAGAACCUGCUGUUGACAAGCUGAAAGAACCAAUCUUUGAUGACAUUGCCUCUACAUUACAAAGGCAUUAUGAUCUUAAUUUCACAAGUCAAGAUAUAUCUUCUCUCUGGUUUCUGUGUAAACAGGAGGCUUCUCUGUUGGACACAACUGAUCAAGCUUGUGGUCUCUUCAGCCCAUCAGAGGUUGCUUUGCUGGAGUGGACGGAUGAUUUGGAGUUCUUCAUAUUGAAGGGGUAUGGUAAUGCUCUAAACUAUCAAAUGGGAGUUCCAUUGCUUGUGGAUGUUUUCCAAUCCAUGGAACAAGCUAUUAAGGCUAAAGAAGAAAACCAAGCCCCUGGCAAUUAUGAAAAGGCAAGGCUUCGGUUUGCACACGCGGAAACUAUGGUUCCUUUUUCAUGCUUGCUUGGGCUUUUCCUUGAAGGAUCUGAAUUUGAACGAAUACAAAAGGAGGAACCUCUGGAACUGCCUCCAAAGCCUCCUCAGAAAAGAAAUUGGAGGGGGAGCACUGUGGCACCUUUUGCAGGGAAUAUCUUGCUGGUUUUAUACAGUUGUCCUUCUAACUCCUCUAGCAAGUACUUUGUGCAAGUGCUACACAAUGAGCACCCCAUUCCAAUGCCAGGUUGUCAUGGUGCAGAUUUCUGCCCAUUUGAAGUCUUCAAGGAAAGAAUUGUUGCUCCUCACAUGGAGCGUGACUAUAAUGAACUAUGUAAUGUCAAGCUGGAGCGGCCAGAGCAGAAGCCUGCAACCAGUAAGUUAGUACUUUCGCUGCGAAAUGAUGAUACAACAUCCCAAAGAGUUGAAUUGUAAUUUGAUUUUCAAGAGAGAGAGAAGGUAUUCUUACAUACAUUUUGGUUGUUGUUACCUCCAUCUGGUGUAAUUUUCAGCCACAACUAGCUCAUCAAGUUAGCAGAAUUGCAUUCCAGAGUAAUUUCAAUGCUAAUGCCGACAAUUUUUGCCACAAGAGUUUCUCUGCUUCAUCAGAUGUUCUAACCAAUACUUGGAUGGGGGAUGUGAGCAGUGUUACAACAUUUUAGUGGUUUCUUUAGGCUUCUCUUGCGAAUGUUUUGAUGCUUUACGAGAGCUGUAAAUUCUGUUGUUCAUAGCCAGUGGCAAGGUAGCUGCUCAAAUGUUAGUUUACUCUCUCGAUAUUGAACUUUUGAACCUUAUUGGAGUUCCUUUCUUCCAGAUGUUGAUGAUGUAUGGUUCUAAGUUCAGUUCUGCACUCGAAUGAUUACAGUAUG